CCCGCCCCACACCUGCGCCGCGCAGGCGCAAGGGAGGGGGCCCAGUCUCCAAGGCAACCGGGCUCAACAGUUCCAGCCCCGCCGGCGUUUAGAGGCCUGCCGGCACCCACCCGCCAGCAUGUGCGCCGCGGAGGUGGACCACCACGUAGCCCAGCGAUACCUGCUCAAGCGGCGGCUGGGGAAGGGGGCCUAUGGCAUCGUGUGGAAGGCAGUGGAUAGGAGGACUGGCGAGGUCGUGGCCGUCAAGAAAAUCUUUGAUGCCUUUAGAGAUAAGACAGAUGCCCAGAGAACGUUCCGGGAAAUCAUGCUGCUCCAGGAACUUGGGGACCAUCCCAACAUCAUCCGCCUCCUGGAUGUGAUCCGGGCGGAGAAUGACAGGGACAUUUACCUGGUGUUUGAGUCUAUGGACACCGACCUGAACGCUGUCAUCUGUAAGGGCAGGCUGCUGAAGGACAUCCACAAGCGCUACAUCAUCUACCAGCUCCUACGGGCCACCAAGUUCAUCCACUCAGGACGCGUCAUCCACCGGGACCAGAAGCCUUCCAACAUUCUCCUGGACUCCAGCUGCUUGGUGAAGCUCUGUGACUUUGGUCUUGCCCGCUCCCUCAGCGGCCUCCCUGAGGGGUCUGAGGGCCAGGCCCUGACAGAUUACGUGGCCACACGCUGGUACCGGGCUCCCGAGGUGCUGCUGUCCUCAAGCUGGUACACCCCUGGGGUGGACAUGUGGAGUCUGGGCUGCAUCCUGGGGGAGAUGCUUCGGGGGAGGCCCCUGUUCCCUGGCACAUCCACACUGCACCAGCUGGAGCUGAUCCUGGAGACCAUCCCACCACCAUCCAAGGAGGACCUCCUGGCUCUUGGCUCAAGCUACAGUGCCUCUAUCCUGCCCUGCCUGGGGUCCCGGCCACGGCAGACGCUGGACACCCUCCUGCCGCCAGACACACCCCCGGAGGCCUUGGAUCUCCUCAGGGGACUCCUGGUAUUUGCCCCGGAGAAGCGGCUUAGCGCAGCCCAGGCACUGCAGCACCCCUACGUGCAGAGGUUCCACUGCCCGGCUCGUGAGUGGACACUGGAUUCGGCUGUGCAGCUCCCGGUGCUCGAAGGAGUUCAGCUCUCAGCCCCCGAGUAUCGCAGCCGCGUCUAUCAGAUGAUCCUGGAGCGCAGGGGCAACAGCCGCAUCCCCAGAGAGAAGGGCCUGGGGGGCACACCCGCGGGGACAGAGCCCAGUGCCCCCCGACCCCAGGCGCACCUACUCAACCCCAGAGCCGUCCCUCAGCUGCCCCCGGGCUCGCCCACGCAGAACCCUGGACGCAGACCUCAGAGCAGCCCGGGUCCCCAGUCCGCGCACGACAUUGCCUGCGGAGCCAAGAACCUUCCGCGGCGGAACUCGGCCCCCGUGCUCCAGCCUCCGCCCCCAGGAGGUCUGGGGAGAGGGGAGAGGCCCCCUGGGGCGACGGCGGAGGCCCCCUCGGCACCCUCGUGGGUGAAGCCCAGCGGGAAGGGGGCGGCGUCCUCCCUGGCCUCGCAGGCCGCCGCCCAGGUGGCCAUCCAGGCCCUAAUCCGGAGCGACUGGAAUCCAGGCCGUGGGGUGAGGGCAACCGGCGCGCGACGGGUCCCUCGCGGGCUUCCCGCGGAUGCCCGGCCCGAGCCUCGGCCGGGCCGGAGGAUGUUCAGCGCCUCGGCCUCGCAGGGAGCCCAGGGUGCUGCAAGGGCUGCGCUCGGGGGCUACUCACAGGCCUACGGUACCGUCUGCCACUCGGCGCUGGGCCGCCUGCCCCUGCUUCCCGGGCCACGCGCCUAAGGUGCCCUACCAGCCUUCAAUCCAGCUCUUCUGCUCAGCCGCGGCCCUUCGCCCAGUCCCCCGCCCCUCUCCCAGCCCCGGAUUUGCCCCCAAGUACCCCAUGCUCUCCACCCCCUCUUACCGGCUCACCCUUUUGCCUGGCCAUAUUCUUGAGAUCCAGGGAGCCUGUCCAGGCCUCUCUGGGGGAGUAGAUGAGGUUCCCACCCAUC